UCUCUCUCUCUCUCUCUCCACCAUUUUCUUUUAGUUAAACACUUCAAAGAACCCAUCAAGAUCGACAACAACCAUCACAACGCAUAUGAACUAACUAUCUCUAUCUCCAUCUCUCUAUUUUUUACCAUCUCUGUCAAUGCUCUUUUUUAUUGCCGGAGAGGGAAGGAGGUAGAGAGGGAGAGAGAAAAAGGGUUGCAUGAGAAGAGAGUAGUUGGUCUAAUGUUCAUGCUUAAAGGAGGAAAAUCAUUUGCUUCUCUGGUGAUAUAGAUGCCAUGGCUUACCAGCAUUAUCGAUCACCCUUUGGUGAUACAACUUUCACCAAAGUGUUCGUCGGAGGACUAGCUUGGGAGACACCAACCGAUGUAAUGCGAAGAUAUUUUGAGCAGUUUGGAGAGAUUCUUGAAGCUGUUAUCAUCACUGACAGGAAUAGCGGAAAGUCUAAAGGAUAUGGAUUUGUGACCUUUCGUGAUCCUGAAUCGGCGAGGAGGGCUUGUGCGGAUCCAAACCCUGUCAUUGAUGGGAGAAGAGCAAACUGUAAUAUUGCUUCAUUGGGCCGGCCUCGACCUUCACCGCCUCGAGGAAGAGGCCAAGGGGCUGUAGUGCCGCAGGGUGGUGCAUCAUCAUCCAGUAGUGGAGUCCCAGCCGGGCCAGCACCAUUAGCUCCACCACCACCACCACCGCCACCACCGGCUGUCAUUUAUCCACCUUAUGGGUAUGCAACCUACCCACCUGAAUAUGGAUACCACCAAACUAUGUUUAACCCUCAACUUCAGCAACCACAGUACUAUCAUCAACUGUUUGGACCUACGUCUUCAACCUUAGGAUCUCCCUAUUAUUAUGGAUAUUCCAUGCAAGCUUCAAGGGGAACGUUUUCUGCUCCCCAAGGUCAACGUAUCCAAGGACCAUCCUAUCUCUAUUAUCCUAAUACACAGAUAGAGGGGUCCUUCCCCUCUUAUCCUCUUCCUCCUCCUCCUCCUACUUUACUACAACCAAUCAGGCAUUCAUAUGCUUCUUCUACAGAUUCACAGACUCCCCAGCAUACGUCAACAGAAACGGAAGUUGGGGUCAUUACUUCAGAUAGUCCAAGGACCUAAGAGAGAAAGAAGCUCAUCAAAACAUGGUGAAAGUGUUAAUUCAACAAUCUUGACAGCCAAAGUUGUUCAUCUCUCUAUAUCUUUCCUCUUAUCAACCAUUCAUAAAUUCUUUCUGAUUUGGUCCAAAGCUGAAUCUAUUAGUGAAUACCGCUGCAAGUGACCCUGCAAAGGUGGACUAAUCAAACACAUUAUGCCAUUUUUUUCAGUCAAAUAGGGGGGAAAAAAAAAGUUGUGUCAUUUUUUUUUCCAUUUCUCUUUGUUACGAAAGAUCUUACAUUGGUGUAUGACAAGUUGAGAGGGAUUGCCAGUCCUUCAAUAAAAUUUUUUGAUGAACGCUGCAGAACACCACUGAUAACUUCCCCCUUUAUUUGAUGGAAAUAAAAUUCAAAAUUUUAGAACCA